AUGGAAGAUUCUCGCAGACACAAGCAAAUGAUAAUAAAACUCGGACGUUUGAUCAAAACUGAUGAACUAAACACACUGAAGUUUCUUUGUAAAGAUAUUAUUCCAGCCAAACUUCGCGAGAAGAUCACGACAACUGAAGCGUUGUUCGAGGCAUUAGAAGAAAGAAGGAAAGUCUUGCCUGGAGACCAGACUUUCCUCAGGGAACUGCUCCAAGAUGGCUUGCAAGGACGGGUUGAUGUUCUCGAGGUGGUAGAGGAGUAUGAGCGUGGAGGUCUAUGUUCCCCAGAUGUGGACUCAGUCAGAUUUUCUGGACUACAGAUAGAGGAUUUCACCCAGGAGGUACAGUUUUUAAAAGACAAUAUUGGUCGUGAAUACAAGUCUUUUCUUCGACGUCUGGGUGUGAAAGAAUGCCACAUUGACCAGAAAGAAAUUGAAUAUCCCAGGAACAUUCAGGAAAUUAUUCAUCAGUGUAUACGUCAGUGGAUUCACGAUCACAGAGACUGGCAGCGGGACCAGGUACUUGAAGCUGUCGUAAAAGUUUUAAGAAAGGAGAGACGGAAUGAUUUAGCUGCGACAUUUGAAGCAAGAGAAUUUUAA